AUGGUUCACGCACGCACUUUUUCCCGCCAGCUUGGCAGUACGCUCCCUACGCACAACCAACCUCAAAUCCCACCUCAAAUUAUCAUCUCCGAUUCAGAAGACCCACACAAGCCUAUAUACUACAAGACUACGCACUGGAAGAACUCCUUUCUAAAUUCCGUUCAAUCUUCGCACAUCAAGACUAGCACCUCUUUCCGAAGUCUUCUGACGAGAAUCAAAAAGUUACCUUCCAGAUCCAAAAUACUACUUGGUCUCGUCUGCCUUCUUUCCUUGGUAUCAAUUAUCGGGGCGCUAGGCGGCGUACGUCUAGAUCUUUUGAAGGGAGGAGAGCGAUCUCCAUAUCCGCGGACACAUUACGCGACGCAUAAUAAGGGCCCAAAGUUUGAUCACAAUAGGGAUAAGGGAGUGAAAAGGGAAGAAGCUCCACCAAUACCGGUACAAGCUAUAGGACUCACGCCGAAAAAGGUGACACCUGUAGUUCAUGAAGAGGGAAAGAAAGUUAAGAGGGAUGGAAUAUCAACUACAGGACUUACGCCAAGGAAACUUAUGCCCAGGCAAUUUGGGAUUGCAGCAGAUGCAAUGUUAAUGUGA